AUGAAAGAAAGUUACGUAUCGAUUUGUGAAAGAAAUUUCAUAAACAGAGCCAUUCAAACUGACACGAGAUUAGAUGGAAGGACACUACUGGAGCCACGAUUGCUUAAAAUUAAUUUUGGAGUGAAUUGGGGAUGCUGUUUGGUCUCUCUUGGACAAACAAAAGUCGCUGCUCAAGUAUCGUGUGAAGUACAGCAGCCAAAGGUAUCUCGACCAAAUGAAGGUAUGUUACAAAUAAACGUUGAACUAAAUCCAAUAGCUGCACAACACUUUGAAAGUGGUCGGCAAUCUGAAGCUUCAGCAAUAAUUAACCGACAGUUGGAAAAAUGUCUGAAAGAAUCCAAAUGUCUGGAUUUUGAAUCUCUUUGUAUAGUUGCUGAAAAAAAAGUUUGGAAUGUGAAAGUCGACAUAAGCAUUAUAAACCAUGAUGGAAAUAUAAUUGACUGUGCAUCUAUUGCUGCUUUGGCAGCUCUUAUGCACUUUCACAGGCCAGAUGUUACUUCAACUGGUGAAGAAGUUAUAGUCCAUUCUUUCACAGAAAAAGAUCCUUUGCCUUUGAUGCUUUAUCACCAUCCUGUGUGUAUAUCAUUUAUUACUUUUGAAAGUGGGAAAACUGUUGUUGAUCCAUCUUAUCUGGAAGAGAGGGUCGGAGCUGCUAUUUUUACUCUUAGCUUAAAUGCUUACCGAGAAGUCUGCAGUAUAAAUUUUGACUACAUUGAGUAUACUUCAUUGGUAGCUGAUGUUGUACCAUCAGUAUCUAAUUUUGCUGCAAAUUAUGCUAGUGAACUGAUACGAGAAAUCAAAGAAUUAGUAAGACAGGAUGUUGAAGCAAAAUAUAAGAAGGAAGUUCCUGUGAUGAAUACUUUUGCUCAUUGCAUAGCUUCUGAUAAAGUUACAGCUAUGAUGAGUGAUAGAAUAAAAAUAAGAUUAAAUACAUGGAGAGCUUUUAAUAAAAUAGAAGAUGACCUAAUGGAAGAUGACGAAAGUGAAAACGAUGAAAUUAUCAAAGUAGGGGAUGGAACUGCUGAAUUGCUAACUAGGAAAGACAAUUUUGGUGAGGGAGGUAGAAAUACUUGGCAUUCCGACGAUUCCGAUGAAUCUUCAGAUAACGAACUCGAACAUCAUGCUGACGAUGUUGAGUUUAUCAAAGAAGAGUCAAGUAAAAAAGUUAUUUCUGAUGUUGAAUUGAGUGGAGACAGUGAAGAAGAAGAAACAACAGUUUUAUCAAAACAAGAUUUAUCUUGAUUUGUCAUUAUUAGAAAUAAUUGUACAAUCAGUAUUUUUUUAUUAAAUAUAACAAAAGUUCAUUAAAAUAUUGUUGGUUAAUCUUUUUAAGAGAUUUAAAACACAUAA